AUAAACCAGGCUUGCAGGUGAUGGUUAUAUCACAUGGGUGCAGUGGAGAGGGUGGUGCUCUGCAGGCUGUAUACUCUAUAAAAACCUGUUUGCUGGACGCCAGAAUAGUCAGACACACUAACACGUACACACACACACACACACACACACACACACCUGGAUGUGCGUUACAGCUCCUUAACUAACGCACGUUUCUCCGGAGCGCGUGCCAUGUGAGACGCACACAUUUUCACCGGGAAUAUGCGGUGCAUCUGCCUGAAAAUGUGGUUUCGUGGAUGUCAGCGCUUUAGAUCAACUAAACUGGGACUAAUUUGAACACCAUUUGUUCAUCUGACAUUUUUUAUUGUGUGUGUGUGUGUGUUUUUGUUUUUGUUUUGUUUUUUGGAGUAAAAACAACCUGGGGAUGGCCAAGACGUCGCUUCUGGAUUUGAGCGUUUUGAUUUUAAUCGGAUUAACAGCCGCACGUGCAAACGGGAUUCCUCUGCACCGGAUUGUCGCGCGCGAGGAGAGCGCACUUGAGGCCGAGCGAGCGAGCAUGGGCGCGAGGACAGCACCGACACCGGCAUCCACGGAACGCACGCGCGGAUCCGCCGACGCCGACGACGACCACGACGUCACAGGAUCGUCGCGCGACUCUCAUCUGCGGAGCAGAGCCAAACGGUGCACGUGCUAUACGUACAAAGACAAAGAGUGCGUUUAUUAUUGUCACCUGGAUGUCAUCUGGGUGAACACGCCAGAGCGUAUGGUGCCGUACGGCCUGUCAAGUUACAGAGGCUCUCAGCGUGCAAGGCGCUCUGCAGCAGACAGGAGAACGACACAACGAUGUGUGUGCACCCUGCAAAGCGACCCUCAUUGCAGCAGCUUCUGUGGGAAAAGGGGGAGGUUACCAUGACCAUCUGUCGCUGGAGAGCUAAGCCAUGCUGGAAACGUCCUGCCCGUGCAUUCUUCUGUGCGAACACCUGGACAUACCUUAAAGAAAAGAAGCUUAUGUGUCUGAAAAGGAGGAAUUCCAUUAUCCAGUAGAGAGACGUGACAGGAAAGAAGAAAAACACAACGGAGGGUUUGUGGAACGCUCACACAACCAACGAGCCUGUAGAAUAAGUCAGAGUGUGAUUCAAUGUGAGGAUAUUUUGACACAAAUGGUUAACUCAUCAUGUUACAGCUCGUCUUCUGCAACACUCAAUGCUGACUCUUUAUUCUGACUAUUGGCUCCACUUCAUCGCCUUUAAUUAACGAUAUGCAGAGCCCAGUAUUAAGAUCAACUUGCUAUAACAAUCUGAAUUCCGAAUCACAGGUUGGGCAAAAUCACUAAUCUGGUUCGGAUGGUUGUACACUGUAGAUACUAAGACGAAUCUGAGCUGUUUUCUCAUUUUCCAGCCUACAAUACCAUGUGGUAAUGUUUCUGAUUAGAUGGCACUUAAAUAUGGAAGCGCUAACAGAGAAACAAAACUGAGGACUGUAAAUGAAUCAAGUUUUUCAUCUGUUUAUACACCAACGAUUAACAUAAUCUAUGUUUUAUAAUCUACAGUAUUUUUACUUGUGUAACUUUGGGCAUUGCUUCACAUAAAAACAAUCCCACCAUACAAAUUCUAACACUUUAUGUUGCUAUAUUGUGUGAUAUAAUCCAACUGAUUCUCCUUUUAUCACUAUUGGUGAUUAUUGUAAAAAAAAAAAAAAAAAAAAAAAAAACAGAUUGAAAAUCACUGUUUUGAUGGUCAUUUAGGUGUCCUACUUGUCUAAAACUUCAGAAUAAAAAUACAUUAGAUGUUAUUACACAUAAUGUCUGUGCUGCACUGACGGAACCUAACAGGAAC